CUAAAUGGUCAAUAUAUAUAGCCAGUACAAUGUAGAAUUUUUGAAUUUUAAAUAUCGAAAUAAUAUUGACAAUCGCCUAAAUGCGCCUUAAGGGUCGAAGUUGUUUAACGCCAAAGUUCAUUUUUUCUUUUUCAUUGUCGAAUUGUUUUUCUUAACGUUGUGGAUGAAUGAACGUUUCCGAGGAUUCACUGAAUAUUUUUUUCACUACUAUUUCGUUACCUAGAUUCUGCAAUUUUACGGAAUAUCAAAGAAAUUGAACUACCUAUAACGUUAUUAUAAUAAAGUACAUAAUAUAUAUGUUGCUUGGCUAUUAAUAGGCUACCGCGCUCUUGAGUUUGUGAAUACUUCAGGUUUUUUAAGAAAUAGAAAACUGAACAAUUUGCUCUAAUAUCUAAAUUGUACUUGCUAGAAGAGAAAGAAAGGUAUAAGUUUUAUAUUCAAAAGUGCAAGAGUUUAUUAUUAUCAAUAUUUCUUAUAGCAUGUUUGAAAAAGUCAUUUGAUUUUUAUUUGAGUUUUGUCUUGGUUUACUUAUAUUACUGGAAAGUGGAAGCGUCUCUUUAUUGCAGCAGUUCUUUUAAUUAUAGAAUCUAAUUAGAAAUGGAAGAAAUAGCGAUGGCGAAAGUAUUCAGCAAAUUCUUGCAACUCCCUUUCAUAACUACUACAUUGGAAAACAGAAUUCAGUAAUUGAUUAAAAAUAGUUGUAAAUGUAAUAUCACGUUAAUGUAGUAUUGGCCCUUAAUGGGUUAAAAUAAACGAUUUGAUUGGUGGAGAUAUUAGUCGAGAUAUUCGUUGAAAAAGCAGCUCGAGCUUUAAUCUCGGGUCGCAAGGGCUAUCGAAACGUGGCACUUGUCUCUUUUUGCCACUCGGCUUUGGUAAAGUCGAAGGUCUGUUCAGUGCAGAUCGAAGAGUUCCUUCGCGAUUCUCGUCCCGAACAGAGGUUCCAGAGGAAAAGAGAGAAAAUUAACAAAUAGUGCGAACAACAGUCUGAUCGAAUCAUCGGAGAGUUGAAGGAAGGAUAUCUGGAGUAAUUUACGGUUGUUGUUUCUACCAUUGUGAUAAGCGAAAUGACCAAAGUGUCAGGAAUGAUAGAGACGGAAGACGCCGUCGGCAAGCCAACUCUGGUACGACGUAUGUCCAAUAUGCUGAAAGAUGGAAGUAACAGUGGACCACCGAUGCUGUUUCGCCAUGCCUCAAUGCAGAAGAUUCGCCAUUGCUGCCAAAACUUAAAUCUCUUUCCAUAUCUGCUCUACUCCUUCGGUAACUCGAAAUCGCAUCCAGUUGCACGAAAGGUGCACCAUUGCCUUGGUCAGUUCCUUCAGCUCAUCACCGCGAGGAUCUUCUUCCUAUGCAGGAGUUUCCGACAGACGCUGCUACGCGGUAUUCGUUCGAAGGAGUUUGAAGUAGCGGAGCCACCAAAGAGCGUCGAAUUUUGCAAGUUGACGCCACGAUUCCGAAUGACCAGGCUACAGAAACGAAAACAAGAUAGCUGCCUGUUCUUGACCCUAGCUGUAUACUUCGCCCCUCUGCUGUUGGUUUUCCAACUGAUCGGGCUGGCCAGUGCGAUGGUCUUCGAAAAAUACACGCCCGGUUUCAUUUUUCUGUUCUUCGCCCUGUUGUUCCUCGGAUGCAUCUCGCUCAAGAUUCUCUUCCACGAGAGCGCCGAGGAGAGCCGUAAAAGUGUGAAAAUCAAAAUGCAAUGAUCAUGUUCCGGCUGUCGUUGCCAUCACUCUGCGAUCAGACUGUUUAUCAGAUAAUAGACCAGAGAGUAUUGAGAGUCUCUUUUACAAUUCCCCAUUGUCGCAUUUGAUUACUUAAACGACGCGAUGCCAGAUAGAGCUUACAUAUUACUUCUGUAUAUCGCAUGAAACUAGUUUGUCCAUGCUUGUUCAUACCCUUUUUUUUAUUCCCUCAUACUCUGCCUUUCUCACUUUCUUUUUCUCUCUUUUUCUUCCUUUCUCUCUUUCUAUAAUAUACAUAUGUAUGUUAGUUGCCCAUCGAUGGCUUUCUAGUUAGUCUAGAAUUUCGAGUCGAUUGGUUCGCAAGUUCCAUGUUUUUUUUUUUUUUUUUUACAUUUCGUUAUUAUCGGACUGAUACAUGUAAUCGUACGCGUAAGUAACGUAGUUGCAACUUUAGAGGAUAGACAGUUUGUAACCACGUGCUUCAGAUUACGAAUACGGUCUUUUUUUGAAGAAGUUCGUACAACAUAUGUAUUGCUUUUAUCUACGCAUAAUCUUUAUUCUUCCUUUUAUUUCUCUCUUUUUUUUUUUUUUAGCUUCUUUUCGUUUUCUCGAAUUCUAACUUCCGAGAAUUACUUAGCAUUUCAUAGGCGCCAUAUGAACGCUGUGUACACAUGUAAAUGAAAUGCAAUUUACGAGUUACCUGGAUAAUGUAUCGCGGUUCACCUUAUCCUCUACGGCAGAAGACUGAAAAUCGUUUUAACUUGUAUAUAAAAGAGGAGAAGAUAUAUAUUAAAAUAUACUACGUUAUAUAUGUAUACAUAAUGCGAGAAAAAAAUGAUUUAUUCUAUAUCGUAAGGUUAUAUUAGCUGUCGCUCGUCAAAAUGACUUGAUGUGUCCACUAAAACGAGUUAGGGUAAUCUGUGAUCAAGUGGAUCCAAGUGUAUUUUUCGCGGCCAUUCGCUAUCCUACUUACUUAAGUACGAUAAGGAGACAUGUAACUUUGAUCUUUUUUUUUUAAAUAUACAUUACAUCUUACAUAA